AUGGCUCCUCACAGCAUCCAAACAGCACUCCCCCCCCCUCCUUUCACGCUCUUCAACGCGGACCAAGGUUGGACGCAUAAUGGGGCUAUGUCGGACGCUCGCCCCCCGAAGGCCAAGCUCGAGAAACUGCAAUGUUAUGCCUCCCCCGAUGGAGCAGCGGGAAGAGGGUCCUUUGCGACGCUGCACCAACGUCCAACGGCAUCGCCAACGCCUCACCCGCUGUUCGUCAACGGUUUUGCUAUCAGUUCUCGAGGACCAAGACCUUCUCAGUGGGGCGCGGAGACCGGAAGCGACGAGAGAACCCAUUGUCUUCAAGGGUCCCGAAUGGAGUCCGGGCCCCCGGUUGGCGAAUGGAAGUUCUGCGUUGGUUGGACAUCUCGUUGGCCGUGCCUUGGCGAAGACGUUGGUUCAUCCCUGGCCGAGUGA